UUAGGUUCCAGUGCUUUGACUGUGAGAUUAGGAGCUGCUCUUUAGUUCUAGUUGCUGCCAUAUACGUGUGUAACACAGGCUAGACUAGCCUAACUGUACAGCGAUGGACAAAAGCGUUGCAUCACCCGGCAGAAUCAGUCAAGUGAAACCUGCUGGAUAAUGUUAAGUUAUUGAAUUACACGCCGCUGUGUAGUUUUCCCAGGACAAAAAAUUAAAGACAUUUCGAAGUCUAACUUGAAAUAUUACUGUACCACAAUUAUGGAUUCCGGUAGACUCUUUGUUCAUAUAUAUUUUAUUUUUGUUCUCUCUCAAGCAUAGAAAUUCUAGGGUGAUGCAAGUAUUUGCGCCACAGCUGUCAAUAUCGCCAUUAUGCAGAGAUCCAUCAGCUUGCCUUUAGGUUCGCUGGCAGUACCGUCGCUGUGCACUAGGUGGCGGCGGGGGCUCGCUGACAUAAAAACGCUUUGGGCUGAUUCUUGACUGGUGAUGUCAUGAGUCCGCGGGGAAGCAGGCCGUGAUGUCAUCAACGUGUUCUAUGAGAAGGUGACUGCGUUGCCGGGAGACCAGCCUCCGGUUGUCAUGCACCACGAGGGUCUGCACUUCGUCCACGUGAGGCAGGGUGGUCUGUACUGCGUGGCCACGACCCGCUCCAAUGCCUCCCCCUUCACCCUCACAGAGUUCCUCAACAGACUGGCUGCUCUUAUUCGGGAUUACUGUGGCUCCCUGUCUGAGCAAACCGUCAGUCUGAACACCGCUCUGAUCUACGAGCUACUGGACGAGAUGCUGGAUUUCGGGUACCCACAGACCUUGUCGACGGAGAUUCUGAAGAACUUCAUCCAGACGGAGGCCGUGACCCCGAAACCUUUCAGCCUGCUGGACCUGCGCAACGUGGGGCUGUUCGGCGCCGACACUCAGCACAGUAAGGUGGCUCCGAGUGCAGCAGCGAGUCGACCCGUUCUGUCCACGCGAGGGGAGCCGGGAGGUAAGAACGAGAUCUUCAUCGACGUGAUCGAAAGGCUCACCGUUGUGAUUGGAUCCAAUGGCACCCUGCUGAAAGCUGAUAUUCAGGGAGAGAUCAGACUCAAGUGCUUUCUUCCCAGCUGCUCCGAGAUGCGAAUCGGCCUGAAUGAAGAGUUCAGCAUCGGCAAGACUCAGCUGAGAGGUUACGGAGCGGCGGUGCGGGUUGAUGAAUGCAGCUUCCAUGAAGACGUGAAGCUGGACGAGUUCGAGAAGCAGAGAGUGCUGAGAGUGACCCCGAGCCAGGGAGAGCACACAGUGAUGCAGUACCAGCUGAGUGACGAGCUGCCCUCACCCCCACCCUUCAGACUCUUCCACAGCCUGGAGAGAGAGCCAAGCGGCAGGUUACAGGUUUACCUGAAGCUUCGCUGUGAUCUGCCCCCGAAGAAUCCAGCCCUGAAUGUGGUGGUGAAUCUCCCAGUGCCCAAGGGCUCCGUGAGUCUUUCCCAGGAGCUGAGCAGUCCGGACCAGAGUGCCGAGCUGCAGCCAAUCAGCAGGGCCGUGCGCUGGGAGAUACCACGGUUCCCAGGGGGGACGCAGCUCUCUGCACUGUUCAAGCUGGAGGGCUCCGGGCUCAGCGCCGCCUCUCUGCUGGAAGUCGGGCCGGUCAGCCUGUCCUUCGAGCUGCCGAAACUCACCUGCACCGGGCUGCAGAUCAGAUUCCUCCACCUGUCACCCCCCCUCCCCUCCCUGCCCUGCCCGCCCCAGCGCUGGGUACGAUACGUCACGCACUCCGACUCCUACACCAUCCGCAUGUAGAGACAGUACAAGCGAUCACACUCCCCCCUCCCCAGCACUGGGUGCAGAGAGAGGAGAGAGGAGACUGCCCUGAGCUGUCUCUGCCCCGGCACUGAGGAGAGAUGGACGGGUGCAGGAGAGUCCGAGUGCUGGUGGAGACGGCUUCAACAGCAGCUCUUCACUCUGACGUCAGGAGGGAUUGCAGACUCAAGCCUGGUUAGAGCCGGGUCUUAGGAUUCAUUUGGUUCUUGGUUUUGAAUUUCAUUUGGCGAGUGCGCCGUGUCUCUUGAAAUGAAAACCACAAAGAAGCUGUUAAUUGCAUUCAAACUUUAUUGAUUUUUUUUUUUUUUUUUUUAAAUGCUUGUCAAACUUUCCUUUUUGAAGUUUUAGAUUCACUAAAAGAAAUGUAAUAAAGUUUUGUUUCCACUAGAA